UAGGCGCCCAAUCAGCGAGCACUCCGUGGGGACGUCAUCACGUCCUGUGCGUCUUUUGACAGAAGCUGGGUCUGUUUAUAACGGGAGUGACGGAUGUGACGUCAUUACAGAGCUAUUAUUGCGGAAAUACAGAAAGGACGAAGUGUUGGGCCUUUGCUCUGAACUCCCGAUUCUGGUUGUAUUGAUGCAGUGAUGUCGCGGCUGAGGGGGCCAAUACUUAGUGCUUCGAGUCUUAGUAAAGUGCUGACAUGCCAAAGACUGAAGGUACUCCAGAGAUACUGAGGGGACAGCAGGCGGUGGAGUAUUUGUGCUGAAUAAGAACCUCCAGACUUUGCUGAGUUUUAUUUUGUGGAGAUGAAGCUGCUCGAGAACUCUCGCUUUGAAGCUGUGAACUCCCAGCUGUGUGCGGAGACGGGGAACUCUCACAUCAUUGGCAGGAUAGAGAGCUAUUCGUGCAAGAUGGCCGGUGAUGAUAAGCACAUGUUCAAGCAGUUUUGCCAGGAAGGGCAGCCGCACGUGCUGGAAGCGCUUUCUCCUCCUCAGACUGGCGGCCUUAGUCCCAGCAGGCUGGGGAAGAGCCUCGGAGGAGAUGAGGAGGGCCCGCUGAGUGAUAAGUGCAGCAGGAAGACCCUGUUCUACCUGAUCGCCACUCUAAAUGAGUCUUUCCGGCCGGAUUACGACUUCAGCGCCGCCCGCAGCCAUGAGUUUAGCCGGGAGCCGAGUCUGAACUGGGUGGUGAACGCUGUGAACAGCAGCCUGGUGUCUGCUCUGGGGGAAGAUUUCUCCUCCCUGAAGCCGGAUCUGUGGGACGCUGUAGACGAGGAGAUCUGUCUAUCAGAGUGUGACAUCUACAGCUACAACCCUGAUCUGGACUCUGAUCCGUUUGGAGAAGACGGGAACUUGUGGUCCUUCAACUAUUUCUUCUACAAUAAGAAGCUGAAAAGAAUCGUGUUCUUCACCUGCCGCUCUUUCAGUGGGUACACAUAUAAACGGGCUGAUGUGGGCUCAGAACUAGAUAUGGAUCUGGAAGAGGAUAUGGAGGAUGAUGAAGCUUGCCACAUUAGAGGUGAUGGGCCAUCAAUGAUGUGCACCUAAAGUGACCGUGAAGGUUUUCCGUCCAGCACAACUCCAGGAUGUGACUGAGCUUGUGGUCUUUCUCCAUGUAACCCCUGUGUCUCGUCCUGUGGUACAGAUCCCGCUGAGGUCCACUCCACGUUGUGCUGAUGACCUGAUUCAUGAGAAGACCUGGAAUGUUGCACAAACUUGGAUGGGAACCGCUCGCUGUAUAUCACGAUGACCAGGCGCUAGCUGUUGUACAUAGAGGAUCCGUGCUGCUCUUCUGUAAACCUGUCCCAGGACAGUCAUUUAUGAUAGGAGAGCAGUUCCGGACGCUGUAUAUUUGUGUGUAUCCAGCUUUUCGUCUUUCAACUUUGAGUUUUUGGGCUGUGAACAUAUCUGAUGUUGGCUUGUGUACAAUGAGUGUGUUCUGUAUAUAUUCUGAUUGGUCCUGUAUAGCAGCGCGGCCGAACCAGGGUAUUUAGAGUGUCCAUUAUAUAGUCCGUCCUCUCAUCUGGCUGAUCACUGCUGCUGUGGACUAAGUCCGUGCUUCACAGCUUGGCCUCGGACUACUUCUCAUCAUGUGAGGGCCACUCUCUUCACCGCUUGGCCUCGGACUACUUCUCCUUAUGUGAGGGCCGCUCUCUUCACAGCUUGGCCUCGGACUACUUCUCAUCAUGUGAGAGCCGCUCUCUUCACAGCUUGGCCUCGGACUACUCAUCAUAUGAGAGCCGCUCUCUUCACCGCUCGGCCUCGGACUACUUCUCCUUAUGUGAGGGCCGCUCUCUUCACAGCUUGGCCUCGGACUACUCCUCCACAUGUGAGGGCCGCUCUCUUCACAGCUUGGCCUCGGACUACUCCUCCACAUGUGAGGGCCGCUCUCUUCACAGCUUGGCCUCGGACUACUCCUCCACAUGUGAGGGCCGCUCUCUUCACAGCUUGGCCUCGGACUACUCCUCCACAUGUGAGGGCCGCUCUCUUCACAGCUUGGCCUCGGACUACUCCUCCACAUGUGAGGGCCGCUCUCUUCACAGCUUGGCCUCGGACUACUCCUCCACAUGUGAGGGCCGCUCUCUUCACAGCUUGGCCUCGGACUACUCCUCCACAUGUGAGGGCCGCUCUCUUCACAGCUUGGCCUCGGACUACUCCUCCACAUGUGAGGGCUGCUCUCUUCACAGCUUGGCCUCGGACUACUCCUCCACAUGUGAGGGCCGCUCUCUUCACAGCUUGGCCUCGGACUACUCCUCCACAUGUGAGGGCCGCUCUCUUCACAGCUUGGCCUCGGACUACUCCUCCACAUGUGAGGGCCGCUCUCUUCACAGCUUGGCCUCGGACUACUCCUCCACAUGUGAGGGCUGCUCUCUUCACAGCUUGGCCUCGGACUACUCCUCCACAUGUGAGGGCCGCUCUCUUCACAGCUUGGCCUCGGACUACUCCUCCACAUGUGAGGGCCGCUCUCUUCACAGCUUGGCCUCGGACUACUCCUCCACAUGUGAGGGCCGCUCUCUUCACAGCUUGGCCUCGGACUACUCCUCCACAUGUGAGGGCUGCUCUCUUCACAGCUUGGCCUCGGACUACUUCUCCUCAUGUGAGGUCCACUCUUUUCCUCUGCAUACUAUGUUGGUUGCAGGUUGUUUGUGUUUUUAGAAGUUUUUUAUGGAAUUGGUAAUUUUCUUCAGAUUAUUAAAGAUUCUUCUAAAACAAUC